GCGCUCUUUCAAACGGAUAUAACCGAAAUCCAAAAACACAACCUCGUCUCACUUCUUCACUUCCCACUUCAGUCCGUUCCUUCUCCGAUCCCCACCAAAUCAAUGGAGGGUCUUGCAAACUUAAAUGGCCUAUCGAAGACCCUGCUUUCACCGGUUCCGGCCCUUCUGAGCCGUCGAGCCGCUCAGAAGAGAUUGAUGGUGAACGACAAUCUGGGCCUUACUUCGGACAACCUUCAAGAACCAUAUUUGACGCUGCAAACUUCUCGUAGAACGGCUCUCGGCCUCACUUCGGUAGCCCUUGUUGGGAGCUUGGGCAGUGGAUUAGCUCUCGCCGAGGACAAUGGCUAUUGGCUCACCGGCCCCAUCCCGGUGCCUCCCAUUUACAAUAAGAUUGCAAACGAGAAGACUGGGACAAGGUCUUUCGUGAGGAAUGGAAUUUACAUUGCAGACAUAAAAGUGAAAGGAAGCAUGUUCAGGCUAAGGAAGUACGCAUUUGAUCUGCUAGCUUUGGGAGAUCUGAUUGGGAGAGAUGUGUUGAAUUAUGUCAGGAAGUACUUGAGGCUCAAGGGGACUGUCAUGUACUAUGACUUUGAUAAAGUGAUCUCUGCUGCUCCUGCUUCUGAUAAGCAGCCCCUCACUGAUUUGGCCAACAGACUGUUUGACGACUUUGAGAAGCUUGAAGAUGCUGCGAAGAAGGAGGACUUGCCAGAGACGCAAUCUUGUUACCAAGACACCAGUAUCAUUCUUCAGGAGGUUAUGGAUAGAAUGGCCUAAAUAUGAGGCAAUUGUGGACCUGAAGGAGAUUUUGAUCAUUACUUCAAGGGGGAAACUAACCCUAUUUGGGUGGAGAAAUAUCAUCUUUAUUCUAUUGUUCAUUUUCGCUGUAUAUUGUACUGUGAAGCCACAUCUUUUUGUCUAUGGAGGCGAUUAAAAAUGGCCUUAGAUUGAUUGAAAA